CCGAAAUAUAAUAUUUUACUGUUGUAGAUAAACAUGGACCUUUUUCUAUUCCACCGAAUAAUAUAAACAGAGAAAAAGAAGGUAAGAAGCUUUCUUUGGUAACAAGAAAGGUUUCUAUGCUUCUUCUAUAUACACAUACACAAUACACUCCCUUCCCCAAUCGUAACCCUCUCCAAACCCUCGCCCCAAAAAUCUCAAUUCUUCGUUUUCUCUUACCAAUCUAAGCCUAUUAAUCAAUUUCCUCGACACCAUGACUGAUCAAGCUGAAUCAUCCGACGCCAAGGGGACUAAGCGGGACUUUAGCACCGCGAUUCUUGAGCGAAAGAAGGCGGCGAAUAGACUCGUCGUUGAUGAAGCCAUCAACGAUGAUAACUCCGUUGUUUCUCUUCAUCCCGAGACCAUGGAAAAGCUUCAACUCUUCAGAGGCGAUACAAUCCUGAUCAAGGGCAAGAAAAGGAGAGAUACAAUCUGUAUCGCACUUGCUGAUGACACCUGCGACGAACCAAAGAUUAGGAUGAAUAAAGUUGUCAGAUCAAAUCUAAGGGUCAGGCUCGGCGAUGUAGUUUCAGUUCAUCAGUGUGCCGAUGUUAAAUACGGAAAGCGUGUGCACAUUCUCCCAAUUGAUGAUACCAUAGAAGGCGUCACUGGAAAUCUCUUCGAUGCAUACCUAAAACCUUACUUCCUUGAAGCAUAUCGCCCUGUAAGAAAGGGCGACUUCUUUCUAGUAAGAGGAGGAAUGAGAAGCGUCGAGUUCAAAGUCAUUGAAACCGAACCCUCUGAAUACUGUGUGGUUGCCCCUGACACAGAAAUCUUCUGUGAAGGUGAACCCGUGAGGAGAGAAGACGAAGACAGAUUAGAUGAAGUUGGAUACGAUGAUGUAGGUGGAGUCCGCAAACAAAUGGCACAAAUCCGCGAGUUGGUAGAAUUACCAUUACGCCAUCCCCAACUCUUCAAAUCAAUCGGUGUUAAACCCCCAAAGGGUAUCCUUCUAUACGGGCCACCCGGAUCCGGGAAAACCCUAAUCGCCCGGGCAGUUGCUAAUGAAACAGGCGCCUUCUUCUUCUGCAUCAACGGUCCAGAAAUCAUGUCAAAAAUGGCAGGUGAAAGCGAGAGUAAUCUCCGAAAAGCAUUCGAAGAAGCUGAAAAAAACGCGCCUUCAAUCAUCUUCAUUGAUGAAAUCGAUUCAAUCGCACCAAAACGUGAAAAAACACACGGUGAAGUCGAAAGGAGAAUUGUUUCACAGUUGUUGACAUUAAUGGACGGGUUAAAAUCACGGGCCCACGUCAUCGUCAUGGGUGCCACUAAUCGCCCGAAUAGUAUCGAUCCGGCUUUAAGGAGAUUCGGGAGAUUCGAUAGGGAAAUUGACAUUGGUGUCCCUGAUGAAAUCGGGAGACUUGAAGUUCUUCGUAUUCAUACAAAAAACAUGAAGCUUGCUGAUGAUGUGGAUUUGGAGAAAGUUGGGAAAGAGACACAUGGAUAUGUCGGUGCUGACCUGGCAGCUUUGUGUACCGAAGCUGCUCUUCAAUGUAUUCGCGAGAAAAUGGAUGUGAUUGAUUUGGAAGACGAAUCGAUUGAUGCUGAGAUUUUGAAUUCAAUGGCUGUAUCCAAUGAGCACUUUCAAACAGCUCUUGGAACAAGUAACCCGUCUGCUCUUCGUGAAACGGUUGUUGAAGUUCCAAAUGUGAGCUGGGAAGACAUUGGUGGACUUGAAAAUGUCAAACGAGAGCUUCAAGAGACGGUACAAUACCCGGUGGAACACCCGGAGAAAUUUGAGAAAUUCGGAAUGGCGCCAUCGAAGGGAGUUCUGUUCUACGGCCCACCGGGAUGUGGAAAAACGCUUCUUGCAAAAGCGAUUGCGAAUGAAUGUCAAGCGAAUUUCAUAAGCAUCAAGGGACCCGAGCUUCUGACAAUGUGGUUUGGGGAAAGUGAAGCGAAUGUGAGGGAGAUUUUCGAUAAGGCGCGUGGAUCUGCGCCAUGUGUUUUGUUUUUUGAUGAGCUGGACUCGAUUGCGACGCAGAGAGGGAGUAGUCAGGGAGAUGCAGGGGGUGCAGCGGACCGGGUGUUGAACCAACUGUUGACGGAAAUGGAUGGGAUGUCGGCUAAAAAAACGGUUUUUAUAAUCGGUGCGACUAACCGACCCGAUAUUAUUGACCCGGCUCUUUUGAGACCCGGUCGACUCGACCAGCUGAUUUACAUCCCGUUGCCUGAUGAAGAAUCGCGUUUCCAGAUUUUUAAAUCCGCUUUGAGGAAAUCGCCUGUGGCUAAAGAUGUGGACCUUAGUGCUCUUGCUAAGUAUACUCAAGGAUUUAGUGGUGCUGACAUUACUGAAAUUUGUCAACGGGCAUGCAAGUAUGCGAUUCGGGAGAACAUAGAGAAAGAUAUUGAGAGGGAGAAGAGGAGGAGUGAGAAUCCGGAGGCUAUGGAGGAGGAUGUGGAAGAUGAGGUGGCGGAGAUAAAGGCGGCUCAUUUUGAGGAGUCGAUGAAGUUUGCACGGAGGAGUGUUAGUGAUGCUGAUAUUAGGAAGUAUCAGGCAUUUGCUCAGACGUUGCAGCAGUCGAGAGGGAUUGGGUCGGAUUUUAGGUUUGCGGAGGCAAGCGGUGGAGGUGUUGGCGGUGGGAGUGGUGGUGGUGACCCGUUUGCUGCGGGGGCUGGUGGUGCGGAUGAAGAUGAUCUUUAUAAUUAG